UGACCGUUCAUAAAGCAACAGAAGAAGACGUCACCGCGGUAAAAAGCGUAGCGCUCCUUCUUCACUCCCUCAUUCGACCUGCAGCUCCGCGUGUCCGCUUCAGACUCCUGCCAGUGAAGAGCUAUAAAAAAAGAUGUCGGACGAGGGUAAAUUAUUCAUCGGAGGGCUGAGCUUUGAGACCAACGAGGAGUCUCUUGCCGCGGCCUUCGGCAAAUAUGGAACCAUCGAAAAGGUGGACGUGAUCAGAGACAAAGAGACGGGGAGGUCUCGCGGUUUCGGCUUUGUGAAAUACGACAACUGCGACGACGCUAAAGACGCACUGGAGGGCAUGAACGGCAAAACUCUAGAUGGACGGGCGAUCCGUGUGGAUGAAGCAGGCAAGGGAGGACGAUCCAACAGAGGGUUCGGGUCAGGCCCAAGAGGACAGCGAGGUGGAUUCGGCGGGCGUGGGAGAGGUGGACGAGGUUACUCCAGAGGAGGUGGAUACAACGGAGAGAGGAGUUAUGACAGGGGUUAUGGCGAGAGAAGCUUCGGUAAUGAGGGCAGGUUUGGCGGCGGUGGCGGCGGCCAGUACAGGAAUAGCGGUGGCUACUCCAGCUACAGAGAAAAUAGGGGUCAGGGUGGAUAUGGUGAGCGCUCUGGAUCCUACCGAGAUGGAUACGACAGCUAUGCUACACACGAGUAAACAUCUCCCUGAUUCAAGAUCAUCACUUGGCUGGCUGUAUUUCAAAGAUGCGCUCCUCAAGAAAAAUGUCCACGUGUUAUUGCUGACCUUAGUUUUUGUAGUUCUGUUGUAGUAGCUCAAGCAUCUUCAAAAAAUGUAGCCCUGAGUUUUGGUCAUUCCUUAACAAACCAUGUUACAAAUUAUAGUUCAAGACUCUUACCUUGCUGAUUGGGCAUCUUUAUUCCUCAAAGGUCGUUUGUUAACUAAAAAGGCAUCUGUGUAAUCUGAUGAGUACUGUCAAGUCCCACUUUGGGGAUUGAACAACGGCUCUCCACAUGGCUUUUCGUUGAACAGCUACUACCAUCGCUGUAGACUUUUUAUCCAGCACGUUAAAGUGUUUCCUGAAUUUUUGAUUCCUUUAGUUUUUUUCUUUUAUACUGAAAUAUCCGAUGGGGCUUCUGUUUUUUUUUUUUUUUUUGGUUUUGUUUUUUUUCUUUACUUAUUUCCCCUCUCAGUCUCUGUGGCCGACCUACCUCUUGCCAGGUUUUAAACUGAGUGAGGAAAGAGAUCCAGUUACUCUUAAAACAGACUUUUGGGGGAUUUAAUGCUAAAUUCCUUUUACUAGUAAAAACUUAGUCUAGCUGAGGCUCCUGUAUGUUCAAUUUCCCAAAAGAGUGAAUUCCUUUCAGACUGGUGAACUACACAUCCGAAGUGGCCGGCUGUUCAUGAAGUUGCAAAUUGCAGCAUGCUACAGUCUGUCCAAGGUAUCUUCUGUGCUCUGCUCAACAUCUGCAUUUUCAAUGUGCUGUAAAAUGGACUAAUCUUGUUUAAGUGAUCGAAAAAUGUAACUUCGUUUCCCCAAAGUAAUAUCUCAACCGGGAACAGUUUUGUACUUUAUGUUCUUUGUAUGAUCGUUUUUUUUCUUUGUCAGUUUGGCUUCAUGGAGCCUAUUAAACAGACUGUGGAAAAUAA